UGAAACAAAAAUGAGCUUUUUGGUCUUAAUUUAGAAUGAAACAUAAGGUUAGCGGUGGUUAAGGUUAGGUUUUAAAUCUGAUUUUAAGAAGAUAAAUUGUAGUAAUAGGCGGGUUUUAGCCAUGAUUAUGACUUUGUGGCUGUGGUAACUAGGGACAAAUAUCAUGUCGACUGACUUCCAUGUGUAAGAAAAACGUGAUGCUGGUUAUUGCACGGAGUUAAAAGUACGAUAAAAUUGGUGAGCUAGCUAAUAAUUGAACCGAAUGGACUAUUAAAAACAAUAGUGGUUUAUACGACUAUUCAUAAACUGUACAAGUGCCUGCUGUCACUCAAAUACCAUCGGUUCAAUGGUGGUACGUUAGUUGGUGCUUGUCUCCUGCUCUUGAAUUCCUUAGCUUAGCUAACAAGCUAAUGUCAAAUACAGUUUGAGACCUGGUUUGAUACUUUGUCAUCUCUUAGGCCUUUAAGCUAACAAUAUAACCACCUAACGUUAGAGUAAUCUGCAUCUUUGGCAGUGUUUGCUUCCUAUGUUAUAUAAAUGAUUCGUAGUUAAUUUCCCAUCAAUACUGACAGCGUUACAAUUGACAUUGUUGGUAACAAAUACACCACAGAUAUCGCGCGUGAUAUGAAAGUUAACUAAUAAGCGUGCACUUGCUUUAAUUAGCUGUCACUUCUAGUGGUCGAACUUACUCUUGCACAAUCAGCAGAAUGUUUCAGUCUACACCACGGCAGUUUAUAAAUUUAUGUGAAAUCGGUGUAUGUGCUGUUAGGGUUCAAAGCAGUAAUACAGUGAGACAGGGGAUUGGCAAGAGCAAUGGAAAAUCCGAAACCACGACAUGGAUUAGAAGACGCAUGGGCCUGUUGUUAUCAUGGCUCCAGAGAUCGGGGGUGGGCACCAGUAAAAAAGUGGCGUCUGACAAUAAGAAGCAAGACUUGCUAUCAAUUUUUGCCAACCAUUGUAGCUAUGUGACAGGCCAGAGGCUUCGACGCGCCUAUCAGAUUGGAGAGCUUUACGCAAACCUGUACUCAGAGCGAACUAGGUGGACCCUGGUAGGAAGCAUAUGGCGUCGACUCCAGAGCAAGCACGCUUCCACGGGGAAGCUUGUGGCUGCACUGGCGGGUGUCUUCCUGUGGGAGGACGAGAAGGUCCGAGAUGCAGAACUACACAGGUGUGGACUAGAGCUCCAAGCUUUGGAGUCAGUGAAGAAUCUGAGUGCAUCCUCAGAGAAGGAUGAAGGGCAGGUGGAGACAGGCUGGGAACUUGUCAUGGAGAAGAAUAAUUUCAAAGUGUGGAGGCGGCCAAUUGAGGGAAGCCACUUAUGUGAAUACAGAGUUUGGGGUUCUUAUAACGACGUCACCCCCCGACAGUUCUUCAAUGUCCAGUUGGACAUGGAGUACAGGAAGACGUGGGAUGCUCUGGUUCUCAAGCUGGAGGUGGUGGACCGGGACGUCAAUACAGGCUCAGAGGUUGUGCACUGGGCCACACGUUUCCCUUAUCCCAUGUACUCAAGGGACUAUGUUUAUGUGCGUCGCUACAAUGUUGAUGUGGAGAAUAAUCUGAUGGUCCUGAUCUCCAGAGCAGUUCAGCAUCCUGGAGUCCCAGAAACUCAGGACUAUGUCAGAGUCCACUCAUACCAGUCCAAGAUGGUCAUUCGCCCUCACAAGUCCUUUGAUGAGAAUGGCUUUAACUACCUUCUGACCUACAGCGACGACCCUCAGACCGCCUUUCCCCGCUACUGUGUGAGCUGGAUGGUGUCCAGUGGUAUGCCUGACUUUCUGGAGAAACUGCAUACUGCAGCCCUGAAGGCUAAGAACCUGGAGGUAGGGAUCUAUGAUUAUGCCAGCGCCGUGAAGUCCAACGACACCAAGCACCAGCCCAGCCAGGACCGGCUUGGGGACAACACGCACCCUGGGCAGAUCUACGCCUAAGGGCCUUUUUUUUUUUUAGCAGGGUUGGUGAGAGUAACCUGCAUCUGCUCGCAUACAACAACCUUCAAAACACAGGCUUUUGGACACAAGGGGUGAUGGGAUAUCAAAUGAAGCUGGAAUAUACAUACAUUGAAGAUAUGCCGUACUUGUGCUAUACUGUUGCUAUUUGAGUGGUUAUAAUGGUCAUAGCCAUAUUGAUAACAUAAUUGUCAUGAGAAGCUUAAACAGUACCAACAAGAGCCUUUGGAGGAAAGACUUCUCUUUUUCUGCCAGGAGAAUUGUCAUUGGAGCUUUCUGCCUUGAAACAAUAGUGCUAGAAAGCCAACAUCCUGAGGGGAGAGGUGUCCAUCAUGCCUCCUUUUGUUAACUAGCUGCUACACCAACUAGCGAGACUGCACCAAAAAUAUUACCCCUAUAGAGAUGUUGCCAAAGCAUUGUUUCUCACUCCAUCCACCAUGUCUACUAGUUUCUUCCAGCCACCUUGUUUGUGUUCCUUAUUUGGUCAUAUCCGCACUGAAAUAGCUCGCUGUGGAGGCUUAGCUACAUGCAUGCAUGCAUAGUUUGUUUAUACAACCGAGAAAGGAGAACAUCUAUAAAUAAAAACGCUGUGAUACCAGGAACUCAA